AGCGGGGGAAGGGAGAGUUUUGUCAUUUGAUGUAUCCCCAUUCCAGCGUCUCACGUGGAAACCCCCUGCCCCCUCUUCCUGGCUGGCUCCCCCCAAAUUCUAAUAAUCAUUACAAGGUGUACACUCUCCUCCAGAUCCCUUGUCAAGCAACGUGCUUUUUACAAAAGGAAAGAAUAGAUAUGAGGGGGACGUACUGGACCCCAGAAUCCCCUCUUUUCUCUGUCUCCUGGUGUUGCUUCAUAACCUGCAAUGGCUGAGAUGUUCCUUCCGAGAAGCAAGAUUCUAACUGCAGUCUGUUCCUGGGUUUAAAUGCUCCUGGUUGCUCAUGAUCAUUAUUGUGCAGUUUGCAACCUGCUGAUGCAAGUUUCCUCACAUUUUGUUCCACGACGUGUAGUAGUUUAGAACGAGCACCGCCCACUACGCGUGUUGUCACAGGGGGACAGGGCUCCUAUUGGUCGGGCUGGUGGACAACACCUGCUCGACUCCUUCAUUCAAGUGACACCAGAGCUUCCAGGGAUAUUUGAGGCACCAUCCUUUCCCUUUCUGGCCACUUUCAGCACUUGCACCAGCCCUGAUCACAUGCUAUCCAGCCAGCAGAUGACAAGAAGAGCAGUAGCCUCCAUUUAUACACCCUUUGAAAAGAAACAGAGGUGGGAAACCCACCAAGGUCUCCAGUGUGGGGUUGCAACCAGGACCAUGUGUGCAGAGCUGUUAAGUAAAUUAGUGACCCUGGCGUUGGUAUUUGCAAGCUUUGAUCCAGUUUUGGGCACAGAAGCCACCAAUCCGCCGGAAGGUCCCCAAGAGAGAGCCCCUCAACAAAAAGGGCGGCUGUCUUUGCAAAAUACAGCUGAAAUCCAGCACUGCCUGGUUAAUGCUGGCGAUGUGGGAUGUGGAGUGUUUGAAUGCUUUGAAAACAACUCUUGUGAGAUCCGAGGCUUACAUGAGAUCUGCAUGACUUUCCUACACAACGCUGGAAAAUUUGAUGCCCAGGGAAAAUCCUUCAUUAAAGAUGCUCUGAAGUGUAAGGCUCACGCCCUGAGACACAAAUUCAGCUGCAUCAGUCGCAAGUGCCCUGCCAUUAAAGACAUGGUGUUCCAGUUACAGCGGGAGUGCUACCUGAAACACGACCUCUGCUCUGCCGCCAAGGAGAAUGUCCAAGUCAUUGUGGAUAUGAUUCACUUCAAAGACCUGCUGCAACACGAGCCAUAUGUCGACCUGGUGAACAUCCUCCUCACGUGCGGGGACGAAGUGAAAAAGGCUAUCACCAGAAGCAUCCAGACCCAGUGUGAACAGAACUGGGGAAGCCUCUGCUCCAUCCUGAGCUUCUGCACCUCAGUCGUGCACAGCGACUCCACACUGGGUCCUGAGAGGAAGACAGGUGAAGCCACCAAAGCCUCUACCAGCCGUGGGGACAUACUAGUCCACCCAGAGUCUGACCACAGGGAGAGCUCACGAGCUGCCAAAGGAGAGAGAGGUGGCAGGGCUCACUUGAACACGCACCCCCGGGUUAAAGCUGGAGCUUACAGCCCCAAAGGGGCACACGGGAUCAUUGAGCGGGCAGAAGAACUGUCCGAUUUCUCCGACAUCCGAAGGUGAAAGGAGGCACCGACUCAACCCUCCCCCUCCACCAAAACUUCCUCCAUUGAGUCCAUCUUCUUAGCUAUGGACAUUCCAAAACCUUUACCAUUCAGAGGGGUGAUGUCAAGCACAGGGCAUUGUGGGAUAUGUGGACUUCAGUGAUAGUGUAUAGAUUAGUAGAGGAGAGCAGUGGUUCUGGGUUAUUGAUUGUCUCCAGAAAAUUUGACACUUACAUAACCAAUGGGUGAGACAAAAUGUUUAAAUCCUCCCCCCCCCCUCCCCCCCGUUUUUAAAAACAACAGAACAAGUGGAUAUUGUUUUCAAUUUGAUUGUCUUUUGGUUGGGGAAAGGGAUGUGGGGAGGGCUCAGCCAGAUUUUAUUUUGGCCAGUCACAGCUCCGCUAUGCUUAGGGGGCAGUCUCCAAGCAGAUGGCAGAAUCCCAAAGGGAUCUUCUCUGCCCAGGGCUGUGAAUGUAAGAGUUCAGAGUGGGCUGUUGUGACACUCUAAGUAAAUAAAUGUCCAGUUUAUUGCACGGGGAGAUUGCUGUUUUGAGCUAUGUCAUUUUCUCUUAAGUCCUGAGCCAUUGUUCCUGUCUAGGUGACAGUACCCGACUUAAAUGCCCCCUUGUAUGUAUUUUAACCACUGCUUAACUUUACUUUAUUUAUCCAGUUACUCAAAAAUGUCAGUGGCCUAAGUAGCCAGUUUUGUGACCUGCUUAGCAUCAAAAUGAGCACAUUUUCCACAGACCUCCAAAGUCCCCAGGCAUGUCCUCUUUCAGAACCUGCGGCUGUGCUCACAGAGGAGCAUUUUCUGCAGCAUUUUCCCCACCUGUGGGCAACCCAAAAUGUUGGGCUUAGGCACAAACAGUUGAUGUGUCCUUAAGCUUUGUGGGCUUAGGGAGUAUUUUGGAGGCCUGUUGAAGAUCUGUCCCUUUUAUUGUCUUUGGAAGCAGCAUUAUGGAGUUUGCAGGGCUCUAGAGACUCAGUGUUCUAAAUCUGGCCACAGGUCAUGGUUUAUCAAAGUGCCAAAAAUGACUAUGGGAUAGUGAGAGAUCGUUAACUUUUUUUUUUUUUUUUUUUUUUAUAAACUAGCACACUGGGUAGUGACCUCCAAACCCUACAGAGUGAGUGGAAUGCAGAGUGAUAAGAUGGGUUUGGAGAGCUUAAUCUUUCUGAGUGAUUUAAAGUUAGGGUGAGAUGCUAGGGUGCAUCCUUUCUUAUCCCCAUAUGCAAAUGUGACCCACAAUUUGCACUGCUGCAAUUACGUAUCCUAGGAUGUUAUUCUUAAAACAUUGGUUAUCGUAUCUAAAGGCAGACAGGGGUGGGAACUUUAGUAACCUCUGUUGGGGAAGGAUGAUCUUUCUUGCAAGACCGUAUCACACCAAGGAUCUGAGCACUGGCCUUUUGCUUCAGGAGGCCUGGAGUCAAAUCACCAGUGGUGGGAAGGCAGUUUGGUACAGACUGAACUAGCACAGGGAACUGACCUACAUCUUUGUCACUUGGUGGGAGUGGAGGUGAUUAGCAACACAGGGGAUUUAGCCAUAACUCCCACCGAGUCAAAUUCUGCUUCUGGAUAUGUGUAUGCGGCUCCCAGUAUCUUCAGUGGGAGAUUUGUGCAUAUAUCCCUUAGCAGAAUCUUGGGCAUUACUCUUAAUAGAAGACAUGUGGGUAAAUCUCCUUGGUUGGGAGGGAGCAAAGAACAACCAUUAACCUGAAGAGUUACACCGUUAUGCAGCCAUCAACCUCUUGACCAAAAAAGACCCCGAUCCUACUCCCAUUGAAGUCUCUGACAAAACUCUCAUCUGACCUCAGGGAAUCUAGGAUCAAGCCAAGAGCCCUUGAGGAGUGGGCAAGUUCCUUCCAGUAUGUGGACAAGAUGACCAAUCCAAUCAUGGCAAUGGUGGCCCGUGGCUCAUACACACAGAGGGUGCAACUCAGAGGGACUGUAGUUCCCCUAGCUAAUGUCCAUGCAUAUAUACCACUUCCAAUGGUUUGCUUUGAAGGACACCCUCCCUAUCCCAAAACAAAGUGUCUUGCUGCUGGUGAUGCAAUAGGAAAGUUUUUGGUCUCCCUCACUGUGACCUCCUCAGGAGCAUCCCACUACCCCAUGAUGAUGCAUAGGCAUAGUAAAGGACAAGCUGAAACCAAAAAGAGAACCGAACCAUGACAGCAAAAAGGACUUGCUAUCAAGUUAAUAUUCUUGCCUAACUCCAUUAAGGUCUCUCUCUCUCUCUCUCAUUAAAGGUCUCAUUCAUCUAUGAGAACCAAACAUAUAGCGAUAUAUAUACACUCUUGAAUGUCUUAGUCAACAUAUCACCUCAGCAUACAUACAAUUUACUUUUAUUCAUUCAUUCUGCAUGAGGAAAAGUAUAUAUUCCUCCAUCUUGUUAAUUUCUUUAUUGUUUCAAGGGGGCAGGGGAUUUUGUAUAUGGCAUAACAUUUUUUCCUCUGUGUGUGAAGAUUUUCUGUGUUCAUCUACUGAUUCCACAUAUGCUAUUAUUGUAAAUAUUUAACAUUUCUAUUUAUUAUAGUGUCUCCAUUUAAAAACCAAACACUGCUGGCUAUGGUAAUUUAAAUGUAUGUCAUGACCUGUGUUGUAUAUAUUCAUGCCACUAGUAUGUUUUUGUUGUUGUUUAAAGCAACGUAAAUAUAAUUUUAUACAGUUCCAUAAUGUUAUUGACAGCAAAAAUCAUUUAUUUAUUGUUAAACCUUCUUUCAUGUCUAAUAAGUAGGGUGUGUUUACCUGAGAGUAUGUUAUCAAGACAUCUACAUAGCCUUAAUUCUUUGUAAAAUCAAUUUUAAAAGAAAUCUACUGUCCCCUUAGAGACCCUAUGAUACUUUGAUCACCAGUCCUCCCAAACCUGCUGCUUGCGAAGGAGAUUUAGCUUAAAAAACAAGGUCUGGAUGUUUCUCUUAAGCUUUGCAUCUGGAAAAAAACCACCCAUAAGAGAAACUAAAAAAAGUAAAAUGCCUACUGGAAAAUAUAUAAAUAACCCAUCACCCCACAAAAACACUGUCCUACCUUUAAAAAUGAAGUUCUGAAACAUAAUAAUUAAAAAACUGUCCUUAAAUUCCAGUUCUCUGGGAGAAAAACAUACUAGUUCUAUCUCAUGUAGAAUUUACAGCUGAAUAAGCUUGUAAACAUUGCAUAUGGAUUUAGGUAAAGCUCUGUAUCUUUUCACACUGCUAUUAUUUUUCCUGGAACACUAAUAAAUGUUUUGAAUAAGUCUUG